GCUUAGAUUUGCUAGUUACCCGUAGAAAGGUAAAUGCAGUCUUACAAGAUUUCGGUUGUGGAUGAAACUCGUACCGUAUCUUACAAGAUCUGUAACGGAACUACUCGAUAACGGACGUCAUUCCUGGCCCAGGCACGAGCUCAUCUGCGCGAUCAACCAUAACAAUAUGCUCCGACAAUGGGAAACACGAACAGCUCGCACAAGAUCUCCGCUCAAGAUAGGGCUAUUCUCGACUUGAAAAACCAGCGCGACAAGCUGCAUCAAUAUCAGCGGCGUAUAACUGUCCUCACUGACCGAGAGACAGCUAUCGCGAAGGAAUGUCUUGCACGUGAUGACCGCCGACGUGCGCUUCUGGCUCUUCGACGCAAGAAGUACCAGGAGUCGCUACUCGCGAAGACAGAUGCGCAGUUAGCGCAGUUGGAGGAGCUUACGAAUAGUGUCGAAUUCGCUCUUGUGCAGAAGGAUGUUCUGUUCGGACUGCAGCAGGGCACGAGUGUCUUGCAGGCUAUUCACAAGGAAAUGGGCGGUCUGGAAGCCGUAGAGAAACUGAUGGGAGAGACUGAGGAGGCAAGGGCUUACCAGGAGGAGAUUAGCCAGAUGCUCGCUGGACAAAUGUCGAACCAAGACGAAGACGAAGUCGAGGACGAACUGGAGGCGCUACAGCGGGAAGUGGAAGGGGUUUCCUUGCCAAAUGCUCCUACGUCUACUCUCCCAGAAGGAUCAGAGAAAGAAAAGGAAGAAAAGGCGAAAGCGAGGGCGAGGGCGAGGGCGAAAGAAAGAGCCGCCGUGCCAUUGGCUGCUUGAUUCCACAUAUAUCAACGACCGAACAUUGUUCUUUUUCUGGGUUUCAGUCAUGCAAGCCGCAUAGCUGGCGCUGGAGGUCCGUCUGGGUUUGAUAUUCCCCCAUUAAAUUGGUUAUAUACAUAUACAGCUGGCGCGCUUUUUGUCUAUGGUCAGUGUUUUUCCCCCGUUGGUCGUUUGGUUCAGGAAGACUAGUUUUACAGCUGUUAAUACCAGGGUAU